UUCAGUUCCCAUUUCAUUCAGCCUGUUAGCUUUGGGUUUCUUCCACCAUGUCUGAAUCCACCGUGUAUCCUCAUUUUAAACUGGCAGAGCCUCGCUUUGAUCAGAGGUAACCAAUAAUGAGAACAUCAGACCCUAAAAAGAAGGAUAUUAGAUCCCAAAAAGGAGGGCAUCAGACCCCAAAAAGGACAUCAGACUCCAUAAAAGGAGGACAUCAGAGCCUCGCCUAAAUUAAUGUGUGGAACUUCUACUGUACAACACUUUAAAGAUGGCACCUUACCCCAAGGUGUAACCAACGCACAGGCUAUCCUCCAUCCAGACACUGGAGAGAAGAUCCCCAUGCCCUUUCGCAUGUCAGGUUUUAUUCUCUUUGGUCCACCAGUGGUUAUUGGUCUCCUACUGCCCAAUCCAACCCUGGCCUCAACAAUCUUCUGACAAUGGCUGAACCAGAGCCAUAAUGCCUGUGUGAACUACUGCAAUUGCAAUGCCACAAAGCCUACACAGAGGUCUAAAUUCUUUCUUGGAUACCUGGGUGCAGUCAGCAGUGCAGUCACCAUUGCAGUGGGUCUUAAUGUUCUGAUUAGGAGAGCUGAACAUUUCAGCCCAGCCACACGACUUCUGGUUCAAAGAUUCAUCCCUUUUCCAGCUGCCAGUAGUGCCAAUGUGUGCAGUGUGCUGCUGAUGCGCCACAGUGAGCUGUUUGAGGGCAUCAGUGUACUGGUGGGCAUUUCAAGGCUGGCAGCUAGAUGGGCUUUGUUGGAGACAGCAGUACGUGUGUUUCUGCCAGUGCCCAUCCUUUUGCUACCGCCCAUGUUGAUGACCAUGCUGGAGAGACUUCCUCUGCUGCAGGCUCACUGUCGUCUUGUGCUGCCAGUACACAGCUUGGUUUGUCUUGCUGCUUUCAGUCUGGCCCUGCCUCUUGCCAUCAGUUUGUUCCCACAGAACAGUCAGAUUGAUGUGUCUCAGCUUGAGCCAGAGAUCUCUGUGGCAACACAGUGCAAGGUGCUGACCUACAAGAAAGGUCUUUAACAAAUCAUACACUUCAGUGCUAGGUGAUAAAUGACUGAAAAAUCUACUUUUGGAGACCUUUAUAACAUGACUGAAACUGUGAGUUCAAAUGCAAAGCACGAAGCUUCACAGUGUUUGGUUCUAACCUGCUGCGGAUGUGGGUGUGGAUGUUAUCACUUGCAUACUGCAACAGGCACAUUCAAACCUUAGAACUAAUCACUUUAAAUAUGCCGUUGUUUACUCGAGGAAAUUAACACCAAAUUAACUGGAAAUCAACAAACAGAACAACAGAUUGAGUGCUUUAAUUUUCUCUUUUUUAGCUGUUUAUAGAAUGCAUGACAACAUAAACUGUUUUCCUUCAUACACCUAUAUUACUUGAGGAAUUAAGCAAUUAAAUGUGAUAAUUAAGGGGAAAGAAAGAA